AAACAGUCCCCUGAAUGUAAGGUAUAAAAAAACAAUUUAAUAUUUAUCAUUAGGAGACAACAUCAGUCUUGCAAACUACAGCUACUGUAGAUACGUCCCACACCAGUUUCAUUCACAUCACACAAAAGCUCUCACUGAAAACUGACUCCAAAAGUGUCCAAAAGCCACUCUUUCACUCUUAUGGUCUCUGAGUAGAUGGCUUCGACCGUUCUAACAAGGUCUCUCUUGACUCACCGUUUUAUUCACUCUUCCUUCUCUCUCAGUACUCACAAGCCCAGACUUUUGUCUUCCCUAUUCAAUAAGAGACAGUUUCACUUUCAAUCAAGUCCCUCUUAUACAGCAUAUAAAGCAUCUUCUCGGGUUCCUUGUGUUAUGGUGUCCUCAGUGGUUGGAAGAAGAGCUAAUUUUUCAACACAAACUUUAUCUACAAAUGAGCCUGUUGUUUCUGUUGAUUGGCUCCAUGCUAACCUAAAGGAACCUGAUCUCAAGGUGUUGGAUGCAUCCUGGUACAUGCCAGAUGAGCAGAGGAAUCCAAUUCAAGAGUAUCAGGUUGCUCACAUCCCUGGUGCCUUGUUUUUUGAUGUAGAUGGAAUAUCUGACCGAACUUCAAAUUUGCCGCACAUGUUGCCGUCAGAGGAUGCUUUUGCUGCUGCUGCUUCUGCUCUUGGAAUAGAUAACAAAGAUGGGUUGGUUGUUUAUGAUGGGAAGGGGAUUUUUAGUGCAGCUCGUGUCUGGUGGAUGUUUCGAGUAUUUGGGCAUGACAGAGUUUGGGUAUUAGAUGGAGGCCUGCCAAGAUGGCGUGCAUCUGGAUAUGAUGUUGAAUCUAGUGCUUCUGGUGAUGCUAUUUUGAAAGCUAGUGCUGCCAGUGAGGCGAUUGAGAAAGUAUAUCAGGGACAGGUGGUUGGGCCAAUCACAUUUCAGACCAAAUUUCAGCCACAUCUUGUCUGGACCCUUGAUCAGGUUAAAAAGAACAUUGAGGACAGGACUCAUCAACAAAUAGAUGCCCGAUCAAAGGCCAGGUUCGAUGGAACUGCAGCAGAGCCUCGAAAGGGUAUUAAAAGUGGUCAUGUACCUGGCAGCAAGUGCAUUCCUUUUCCUCAGGUGUUGGAUGCUUCACAGUCACUUUUGCCUGCAGAUGAACUAAAGAAACGAUUUGAAGAAGAAGGCAUAUCUUUGGAAAAGCCUGUUGUAACUUCGUGUGGCACUGGUGUAACUGCAUGUGUCCUUGCAUUGGGUCUCCACCGACUUGGGAAGUCCGAUGUUGUAGUCUAUGAUGGAUCUUGGACUGAAUGGGGAGCACAUCCUGACACACCUGUUGAGACUUCAUAAAUGUUUGUGCAUCAUUAUUGGAAGCGUUCCGGCAACAUGUGCAGCAUGAGGUUUGUCAGUCAGACGAAAGAGGUUGUAUCUAAAACGGUUAAAUAUCACCAAGCCUUAUAAUUCUAAUAAAUAUUGAAUUACAGUUUGUGUUUGUUAUUAAACUCUCAUUACGCAAACAAAGCAGGUGGAAGAGCAUCAGGGAUACGGGAUAGUGGGUUGGGAUCUAAGGUUUCACAUUUUGUUGAUGAUGAAAAAUAAAUAAUUAGCAGCAUGAUUCUUCUCUAAGUUCUCUUUAUCUUAUCUAGUUGCUAUUGUAAAGAUGAAUUCACACGUGCCAUAUAAACAGCUCCCCCUUUGAAAAAAAAAAAAAAAAAAAAGAGAGAAAGGAAAAAGUCUUACUGCCCUUGGUAGUGAGACAUUGCUAUGAUAUGACAUGGCAGCAUUGACUACAUGUGAUUUGUCUCCCUCACACAUGAUAUUAUCCUCCUAGUGUUUGAUGGAUUUUGAUGAAAGUCAAUUAUAUGUUUCACUAGAGUUGAUAAAUUGAUUUCCUUUAAUGAGCUUCUGCCAAAUUGCUUUGUAUAUGUAAUGUUGACAAGGCAUACAUAAUGUUUUGAAAGUCACAUUCUCUCUCUUA